CAAUGCAUAGUAGAGCCAUUAGUGCUUAGAUAGAGCCAGGCGACCAGGUCGGGGGUUUUGAACACAUUCCCAAAGCAUGUUACUGUGAAAUUCAAAGAAGCAUUGCAUUAUGUUAUGUAAAUUUCAGGGCGCUAGCCCUGUAUUGAAUUCUCAGUCUAGCGCCUGCGCAUGACCGCGCGCAAACAGCCCGAGCGUUGAGCCGCUGCUAGCAAGCAAGUCGUGGUGGAUGACCCAUGGCAGUAGAGGAGCCGUUAGUUCUUCGGGCAGCUGGUUGGAUGGGAAUUGUUGCCGUCAAUCGGUAGGAGCCCGACGGAGCAGAUACAUUUGGGUAGUCUUGCUCACGCUGCCGGCGCUAUCAGUCCGCGGUUAUCGUGAGCAAGAGGCCGGUCGUGCGGGGGGCGCAUCGUCGUCGUCUAACACAGCCGUUUCCACGGUGCCGGAGCCGGGCCGUGCAUGGGCGCAGUCUCUGCAGCCGCACGGGCCUGACCCACAGCAGCAGCUGAAAGGGCCACAGCAGGAGCAGUGGCAGCGCGUGCAGCAGUGGCGGCACCUAGCUCAGGCGCUGGCCCUGCAUGGGGACCAGACAUUAGAGCCGCUAGCGUAUGGGGCUGUACCUGCAGGUUACGGUGCUCCUGGGAUGGGUCCGUACCCAGCCGCAGCCAACCCAGCACGCAGGGCACGGCGAUGGCCCCAAUGUGCAGCCGGAGGCAGCACCGUCGCCGCCCUACGGCGCCUAUGCACCGGCAGCUACACCGGCGCCGCCCUAUCCUGUGGGAUACGGCAACCAUGGCGACGGGGGCUAUGGCGGCUACAGUGGCGGCGGCGGUGGGUACUAUGGCAUGCAUUACCCCCCUCUGGCUUACCCGGGGGGCUAUGCAACACCGCCGCCACUAAUUCCCGGUGGCUACCCGCCGCCGGCAGCUGCAACGGGCCAGCUCUUUCCACCGGCGGAAGGCAUCCUGGCCUCGGGCGCCCCCGGCACAAGCCCACCACAGACACCAUCCCCACCACCGCUGCUGCCCGGCUCUGUGGAUGAGCUGCCUUCGCCGCCUCUGACGCCCGCGCCGCCCUCGUUCCCCGACCCACCUGCACCGCCCUCCCCACCGCCCCGGCCGCCGCCACCGCCGCUGUCCUUCCUGCCGAUUGACGGCAUCGUCGAGUACAUAUCCAGCAACGAGGGCUCCACCUACCUGCUCCGGCUGGACAAUAGCACUGGCAGCGGGAGUAAUGCCGGCGCCGCUGCCCAGCUACUGGCGGCCGGCAUCCGGCUGCUGCGCCUGGAGCCGCCCGCAGAUGCCAGCGAGGCGCAGGGCGGCGGGCUGACUGCGCAGAUGCGGCGCGUGGGCGUGCGGCUGGGCGACCGCGUCAGCCUGGUGUGCGGGCUGCUGAUACAGGCGCCCACGUCUGCCCUGACCGGGCAGCCGCAGGCGAGCUGCGUAUCGGUGCUGGGUCUGAAGCGGCUGUCGACGCAGUACGGCAGUGGCGAGGAGGCGGGCUCGGCGCUGGGCGGGCGGCAGCGGGCGCUGGUGGCGCUGGUGGAGAUGGACUGCAGCGCCGGGUGGCCGGCGGGCAUGGGGCCGCUGGAGCUGGCGGUGCUGGGGCAGCCGCAGAAGGUCACCUCGCUGACCGUCGAUGACGGCACGGAGUGGCUGCGGCGUUUGGACCAUGAGCUGUCGGGCUGCUCGCGCGGCGCCCUGCGCAUCACCGUCAAUGAGAGCGAGGUGCUGCCGGUGGCGGUGCCGUGCGUGCUGGACUGGCUGCGGCGCGUGCAGACGUGCGCCACGUGGCGGCCAGCGUACGACAGGGCGGAUGUGCGCAUUGUGGUGCUGCCGGCUGGCGCGGUGGCCAACUGCCCCUGGCGCGGCGUGUCGUUGCCGUCUGACCGCCAGGCGCUACUGCCGGCGGGCAACGACGUCAAAGGCACCUCGCUGCCGUGGGUGGGCGUGCACGAGACGCUGCACCUGUUCGGGUUACAGCACGCCGGUACAGCGGACUACGAGCUCAGCAGCCGGCCUCGCUCCACGGAGGGCGACCCCACCUCGCCAAUGGGCUGCGAGCGGUGCGGGUCUGAUGUGUCCAUCUGCCCCAACGCACCCCAGAUGUACUACCUUGGGUGGGCCGACCCGCUGGCUGAACUGGACGCGGACUUGCUACCGGUGGGGAGGCCCCUGCAACUGACGAUCCCACUCCAGAGCAAGUCCCGCCAGUCGCUGGUGCGGCUGCUGCCCAACUGGCUGCCGGCGAUGUCCCAGACCAGCAAUGUGUACCUCAGCUAUCGGCUGGCCGAUGACGAUGAGUCAGGCAGCGACGGCAUCGAGAUCGGCCUGGAUGCGGCAUACUCGGGCAAGCUGCUGCUGCACCAGGUGGCUGUGGACGCCGACGUCCGGCGAGUGCCGGGGCUGCAGCAUGGCGACACGCAGCUGGUGCGGGCGGUGUCGCCGGGAGACAGCGCCACGCUGGGCAGCCUGAGGCUGCUGCUGCGCACGGGCUUCCCGGUGUACCUGGAUGAGGCGGGAUACAACGUGGAGCUUCCAAUCAUCCUGUGCCGCUUCACCUCCCCCACCACUGCAACCGCCGAGUGCCCCAUGCGCAUCUCGCCCUCGCCGCCGCCCCGGCCACCCGCGGCACCCCGGCCCCCGGCGCCUGCGACCUUCCAGCGCAAUCGUGUGGCUGUGGGCAUCAGCCAUGUGUGCCUCCUCAUGGACGGUGGCGUGGUCAAGUGCUUUGGUGACAAUGCCGUGGGCCAGCUGUGUGUGGGAGACGAUCAAGUGCGCGGCGACCAGCCCCGCGAGAUGGGCGACGCCCUGCCUGCCGCGCAGCUGGGGGCUGGCGUGGUGCGGUCGGUGGUGUCUGGCUCCUCCCACUCCUGCGCCGUACUGGAGAGGCCCACAGGCGACGUGGUGGUCAAAUGCUGGGGGGAUGGGCAGCUGGGCCAGCUGGGGCUGGGCUCCACCGCCAGCCGCGGCGACUCGCGGAGCUCGGUGGGCGAGGCGCUGCCGGCAGUGGACCUGACGGGGCUGGUGCCCGCGGCGCUGUCGGCGGGGGGCUGGCACACCUGCGCGCUUUUCGAGGCGGGUUUCAUUCGUUGGCUCGGCUUGGACGGCCGUCUGGGCGUGAACGACCGAGCUAACCGCGGCGACAAGCCGGGGGACAUGGGCUCCUCCCUCCGGGCCGUGGCGCUGCCCCCCGGCACCAUCGCCACCGCCAUCACGUCCAGCAGCUGGCACAACUGCGCGCUCGUGAUGGCGGCGCGCGAGGACGACCCCAGCGCGACCCGCGUCCAACAGGUCAUGUGCUGGGGUGACAGCUCGCUGGGGCAGAUGGGGCGGGGUGACACACGCGACCGCGGCGACUCCGCCACCUCGCCCAUCCGGCCUGUGGACUUUGGCACGGGCCUGACGCCCGUGCUGGUGGCGGCGGGCGGGCAGCACACGUGCGCGAUCCUGGUCGCGGCCAGUACUGGCGCCGCUGGUGGUGGCGGCACUCCGCAGCGCCUGGUGAAGUGCUGGGGUUCCAACAGCGAGGGGCAGCUGGGUCUCGGGGACACCAACAAUCGCGGAGACAACCCCGGGGAGAUGGGCGACGCCCUGCCGGCAGUGGAUCUGGGUCGCGGCUACACGCCCGUGGACCUGGGCCUGGGCUGGCGCCACAGCUGCGCAGUGCUGCAGCCGGACGCGGCGCCCUGGCUGCGAGUGCUCAAGCGUAACGGCGGAUACCAGCUGGGGUACGGGGACCUGAACAACCGCGGAGACCAACCAGGGGAGAUGGGCGAUGCGCUGCCUGUGGUGUCACUGGGCGCCGGCCUGAGUGUGUCCGAGGUGCGGGCGUCCGUCACUGGCAGCGCCACGUGUGUGAUGCUCAACCCGGGUGGCAUUUUUAAAUGUUGGGGCUACGCCGACUUCGGCCUGGGCCAGGGCAGCCUGGGCGCCGUGGGCACCCGGCCGGAGCAGAUGGGCGACGCGCUGCCGCCCAUUCAGCUGUUGGGGCCUGGCUCCACACCGCCCAGCCCGCCGCGCCUGCCCAGCGGGCCGCCCCUGCCCUCGGCCCCGAGUCCGCCCAGGCGACCACCCCUGCCGCCCUCCGUGCCGAGCCCGCCCUCGCCACGGCCUCCGGCUCCGCCCCUGCCAUCGGGCCUGGGCAUCCUGCAGGUGGUGACGGGGCUGCACCACGCAUGUGUGGGGCUGGAGGGAGGGUUCGUCAAAUGCUGGGGGGACAACGGGUCUGGCCAGCUGGGCCUUGGCCUGCCUUCAAGUGUGUCACUGGGGGACGGCCCCGGCGAGAUGGGCGCGGCGCUGCCCCUGGUGGACCUCGGGUGGGGCAUGCGCGCAGUGCAGCUAGCGGCAGGCAACAGCCAUAUGUGCGCACUGCUGCAAAGUGUGGAGGGUGGCGGCGCAGUCGUCAAGUGCUGGGGCAUCAACAACUCCGGCAACCUGGGGUACGGGGAUACUCGGGAUCGCGGCACUUCACCCUCCGACAUGGGUGACUCGCUGCCGGCCGUGGACCUUGGGCCAGGGCUCAAUCCCAUCAGCAUCGUGGCCGGACACUGGCACACGUGUGCGAUACUGCAACCCACUUCAGGCGGCAUUUAUCAGGUCAAGUGCUGGGGGUACGGCGCCAGCGGCCAGCUGGGCCACGACUGCACAUGCAACGAGGGCAACACCCCGAAUAAGAUGGGCGCAAACCUCAAGCCCAUUGACCUGGGACUGGCCGCGCCGGAUGGAUCCGCCAUGGAGCCUGUAGCUCUGGCCAGCGGCGCAGGGCACGUGUGCGCUCUGAUGCGCCCCGCGGCCAACGGCGGCAGUAACAGUGGCGGUGGCAGUGGCAACAUCACUUACGCGAGCAAUCGGGCGGUGUGCUGGGGCUACAACGCCUAUGGCCAACUUGGGCGUGGAGACAAGAACGACCGUGGCAACGAACCCAACGAAAUGGGCCCCAACCUCGUCUGGUUGGACCUGGGCCCGGGCCUGGCGCCGCUGUCCCUCACCGCCGGCCGCUACCACACCUGCGCCCUGCUGGGAGGCGUGUCACCCGCAAGCGCCGCCGUCCGCGCGGUCAAGUGCUUUGGCGACAACGCCGCCGGCGAGCUGGGCCUGGGCAGCACCUCAGUGCGCGGCGACCAGCCCGGCGAGAUGGGCUUCACGCUGCAGGCGGUGCAGCUGGGGUCGGGCCUGGUGCCGCUGCAGGUGGUGGCGGGCGCCGAGCACACCUGCGUGCUGUGCGCGCCCGCCAACACCUCGGCGGUGCCGCCGGCGCAGCGGCGCCUGGUCAAGUGCUUCGGGAGCGCCGACAACGGCCAGCUUGGUCUGGGCGACACCAACAAUCGCGGGGACCAGUUUGGCGAGAUGGGCAACGCACUACCGGCAGUGGACUUUGGUCCGGGCCUGGUGCCGGUUCAGGUCGCGACCUCCUGCUCGGCCUCGUUCACGUGUGUACUUCUGGAACCGACGGCGGCAGCCCCAGGCGGCGGGGGAGACGCCGCCGCUGUUGGUACCCAGCCGCGCCUAAGGAGCCUGAAGUGCUUCGGGAGCAACGAUAAGGGGCAGUUGGGCCAAGGCGACACAUACAAUCGAGGCGACAGCCCCGGGGAGAUGGGGCCGUACCUGCCGCCCUUGGAUCUGCAGGUGCCGCCGCCACCACCGCCCAGCCCCCCGCCCUCGCCGCCUCUGCCACCAUUCGCGGGCCUGGCACUCAUCACCGUCGUCACCGGGUCCAGCCACGCAUGCGUGCUCCUGGAGGCAUCCGUCGUGAAAUGCUGGGGGAGUAAUGCCUACGGCCAGCUGGGCAUUGCCGGUGUGGCCAGCUGGGGCCGCAACGGCGGCGAGACCAUCGCGGCCCUGACGCCCCUGCCCCUCGCCGGUACCACCCCGGGUGCGCCCGGCGGCGGUGACUUCACCGUUACAGCCAUCACGGCCGGCUCCCGCCACACUUGCGUGCUGAUGAGCGCCGACAGGCCGGCGCCUGCUGCAUCGCCUGCUGCGGCCCAAGCUGCACCUUCUGAAAUCCGGUGUUGGGGCUACAAUGACAACGGUCAGCUGGGCAUGGGCCAUAUGCUGGCGCUGGGCGGCGGGCCCGGCGAAAUGGCGGCGCUGCUGCCGGUGCAGCUGGGGCGGGGGCUGAGGCCCGUGGCGGUGCAGGCCGGCUGCUGGCACACGUGCGCGCUGCUUGAGCCAAUGGUCACCGGUGUGGCGGGGGCACCCACGCGUGUCAUGAAGUGCUGGGGGUGGAAUGGGUAUGGGCAGCUGGGCCUGGGCGACACCUCGGCGCGCGGCUACCGGCCCGGCGGCAUGGCGGAGGCGCUGCCGCCACUGCAGUUCGGGGACGGCGUGACGCCACUGCAGAUGGCGCCUGGUUACAUGCACACCUGCGCGCUGCUGGAGGAAGACGACGGGCUGGGACCCACGCGCGUCAUCAAAUGCUGGGGGUCCAAUGGGGUUGGCCAGAUCGGCACUGAGAACGGGGAGGUGUUUGGUGACGAGGGCGGUGAGGUGCCGGCGGCACUGCCGCCAUUGGAGCUAGGGGAGCCCGCCGGGUACGUGCCAGUCGCGCUGGAGGCAGGCGACGACCACAAUUGCGCCAUCCUCCACCCGCCGUCGUCUCCAGAAUCCCCGCCUCUUGACAGCGGUGGCGGCGCAGGCGCUAGCGUUGCGGCCGGCGUUGGCGGCGGCACUGUGGUGCCAGCGGUGCUGGGCGCAAUCGUCAAGUGCUGGGGCCGGAAUGAUGAAGGUCAGCUGGGCCGCGGUCAGCCCGGUAACGUGGGUGCCAGUCCUGGCGACAUGGCGGCCCUGCAGCCUGUGGACCUGGGCGCCCCGCCCUCGGGCGACCCGGCUGCGGUGCUGGUGCCGGUGCAGCUGGCGCUGGGCUGGCAGCACACCUGCGUCGUGGCCGAGGAGUGGGCGCCGCAGGCCGGCGGGGAGCAGGCAGGGCAGCUGGUCAGGAAGGGGAGCCUGCUCAAGUGCUGGGGACGGAACGCGCACGGCCAGCUUGGCCUCGGCGACAGCCGCGCCCGGGGCCUGCAGCCGGGCGACAUUGGGUCGGGGCUGCCGGCCGUGGACCUGGGCACGCGGCAGCCGGUGCAGGUGGCGGCACAGCGGCGCUGCAGCCGGUGCAGGUGGCGGCGGCGACGGGCGGCAGCUUCACGUGCGCGCUGAUGGUGGCGCCGGGCGGCGCAGAGGCGGCAGCUGCCUCGGCACGGCUCCUGAAAUGUUGGGGGAUCAACUAUAACGGCGAACUCGGUCGUGGAAAUUCCAUAUCCACACGUGGAGAUGUGCCGGGCGAGAUGGGCGACAGCUGCCCAGUGCUGGCGCUGUACUGAUGGCGCAUGAACUAUACUGGACAAUGAAUGAACAUGGCGUGCAUACCGUAUUAAUGAGAUCGUGAGCGCUCUGUUUAGAUUCAUCGCGGUCUGUCACCCGCUGUCACGGCAUGGAGUAUAACUGGAGUGGAGAGCGGGGGUGAUUCUGUACAGCAGGCUUCUAUCACAUUUACAAUGCCAGCGGCCUUUUCAUCUUUUGGUCUCGGCGUGAACCGGGGCCCGCAGUAGCUGCUGUGACUUGCGCAUACUCAACUGCAUUGUUUACAAGGAUGCAGCAGGGAUAGCGGUGGAGUAGGCCAUCAAUCGGAAGAUGUGGAACCUGCUAACUCGGAGUCUUGUGUGUGUAGUAUGGGUGUGACGGGACAGGGUAAGGGGCAGGUUGGCGUAGUCCCGUAGCGUGCAGCGUGUUCCCAGACCCCAACAUUUAAUUGCAACGUAGUAUGGGGUCUGUGCGCGUGUGACCGUACGUGUGCGUGGUGUGUGUAGCACGGCCUGGUGUAUCCAGUAUCCGGGCCCACACUGUACCAAUCUACGGUACUUCACACCAUCACAUGCACCAAACAAUUGGAACGUGAAUCCCUGAACGGAAUAGCCCGGAUUGUCAGCAACAUAACGCGUAGGGUCACUUUGCGUACAGCUCGUGGCGGCGGAUGGGGGCUGCGCGAUGGGGCUUAUGGGGCUGCAGUUGAAGUCUGAAAGUUGGCACACCGUUGGCACACAGCAGAAGUACAGGGCUUGUAUUUUUUCCCCGACUAUGCGAGGGUGCAGGGCCUGGAGACGGCGGUGGCGGCGGCGGUGGCACCGCGCCUACCGGCGGCAACAGCAGCGGCCACGGCGUUGGGCCCGGUGGUGGU